UUCAAGGGUGUGACCGAAGACGGACGAGAAACCAUCAAAUCAGUGGCUCAAUACUUCGCGGAGAAGUAUGCUGAACUACGCUUCCCUAAACUCCCAUGCCUCCAUGUCGGCCCUCCCACUCGCAACAUCUUUUUCCCACUUGAAGUCUGCGAGAUGGACACACCACAAAAGUACAACAAGAAACUUAGUGAAAAACAAACAAGUUCGAUAAUUCGAGGCCUAAAAUCCACACUCCCAACACAGCAUCGAAAUCUUUUCAUUCAGGCAGCAGCAGUAGAUGCCUCCCAACGUGAGGAACGUAUCGCUCAGCUUUGCCAACAAGCCGGCUUUGAUCGCGAUCCAUUCCUCAAAGAAUUUGGACUUUCUGUCUCACCCAGAAUGUUCGAAACUAUGGCUAGGGUCAUUCAACCCCCGCAAAUCAUGUUUGGAGAUAACUCUAAGAUGGUGGAUCCUAUCGUACAUCCAAAGGAUGGCGCAUGGUCUAUGGAUAAUCAGACAUUGUAUCUUCCUGCCACAUGUGGAAGUUAUUCGAUGAUCGCUUUGGUAAAUCCAAGAGAUCAGAACUUGCUCCAAGGUUUUUGCCAAGCCCUCUAUGCCAAGGCUACACAAAUGGGCAUGGACUUCCCAAAAUGGCCAGAUUUGGUCAAGUAUGGUCGUGGACGUGACGAUGUUGUCGUUUUGUUCAAUGAGAUAGCUAAUGAGUACAAGCAGACUAGCACAAGCUGCGAUUUGGUGAUCGUAGUCUUACCCGGGAAGAAUUCUGACGUCUACAUGACUGUCAAAGAGAGUUCGGACAUGAUUCACGGAAUUAUGUCUCAGUGCGUUCUGAUGAAAAACGUUCAACGCCCAUCACCGGCUACCUGCUCAAAUAUUAUCCUCAAAGUCAACAUGAAGCUUGGUGGUAUCAAUAGCCGCAUUGUUGCCGACAACAUUACCCAUAAAUACAUCAUUGAUCAACCUACUUUGGUGGUAGGAAUCGAUGUUACGCAUCCAACACAAGCCGAGGAGCGCAUGAAUAUCCCAUCGGUGGCA